AUGUUUUCUAAACGGAGUGUUGUUCAGAUCUGCGGCUUUGUCUUUUUCUUUGUCGUGGUGCAUUACGCUCACGGGGACCUGAGCUAUUCUGUCCUGGAGGAGCAGAAGCGAGGAUCUGUUAUAGGAAAUAUUGCGAAGGAUCUGGGCCUGGAGGUGGGCAGACUGUCUGCUCGAAAAGCUCGUGUUGAUAUGGAGGGAAGUGACAAACAAUACUGCGGGGUAAAUCUUCGGAGCGGGGAUUUAUUCGUUUCUGAGAGAAUUGACCGAGAGGAGCAUUGUGGAGAAAAGCCUUCGUGUGUUCUCAAAUUCGACUUGCUGUUGGAGAAUCCAUUGGAGUUACACCGGUUGUCUCUGCAGGUGCAGGAUGUUAACGACAACGCGCCGAUUUUCCCGAAGGAUAUAAUAAAGCUAGAAAUAAGUGAGUCGGCGAUCAAAGGAGCCAAGUAUCGUAUUAAUGCAGCACAGGAUGCAGAUAUAGGCAAGAACUCAGUUCAGAGCUACAUUCUGCAACAAAACCCUCACUUUGUUUUCAAUAUUCAGACGACGAGCGCUGGUCGUAAAUACGGUGAGUUGGUUUUGGACAAAGAGUUAGAUCGAGAGGAGCAGCAGGAGAUGAAAUUAUUGCUCACAGCUGUCGAUGGAGGCUCUCCUCAGAGAUCCGGGACUGUAGUCAUACACGUCAUUGUACUAGAUGCUAAUGAUAACGCCCCAGUGUUCACUGAGAGCAUCUAUACAGCAACGAUAGCAGAAAACUCUCCUAUCGAUACACCUGUGAUCACUGUGAGUGCAUCUGACGCAGACGAAGGUGUCAACGGAGAAGUUACGUAUGAAUUUAGUCGAAUUUCUGAUAAAUCACAAACAUUUUUCUCUUUAGAUGAAAAAUCUGGAGAGAUCAGUGUAGCUGGAAACAUCGAUUAUGAAGAGGGAUCCAAGUAUGAAGUUUUUGUUGAGGCAAAAGAUGGUUAUGGUCUGUCAUCAGAAGCAAAAGUGAUUAUUGAUAUCACUGACGUGAAUGAUAAUGCUCCAGUAAUAUACCUGAAGUCACUGACUAACCCCAUACCUGAGAACGUGUCACCUGGAUCAGAGGUGGGCAUCAUUAACGUGCAGGACAGAGACUCUGAUAGUAACAGACAGGUCCGCUGCUCCAUUCAGCAGAAUGUCCCUUUUAAGUUGGUUCCUUCCAUUAAAAACUAUUAUUCUCUGGUGAGCACAGGACAACUGGACCGUGAACUAGUGUCUGAUUACAACAUUACAAUCAGUGCCACUGACGAGGGCUCUCCACCUCUGUCGUCGUCUAAAACUGUUCAGUUAUCUGUAGCAGACAUCAACGACAACCCACCUGUGUUUGAGGAGCAGUCGUACAGCGCAUAUGUGAGUGAGAAUAACAAAGCUGGCUCCACUUUAUGUUCCGUUAGUGCUCGAGACCCCGACUGGAGACAGAACGGUACAGUGAUUUAUUCUCUGUUAGGCGGUGAGGUGAACGGUGCCCCGGUGUCCUCCUAUGUGUCCGGUGAACGGAGACACGGGGGUGAUCCACGCUGUGAGGUCGUUUGA